UAAUUUGCAUGAAAGUUCUCAAUCAUCAUAACUCCAUUCCCAGCAACGUAAACCAUGUAAACUAACACUUCAGAAUUUGCAUGGCAUCGAAUUUCUAAACCUCCGCCGCUGUCUCAAUGGCUGAACUUGCACUAGCUGUGGUUCCAAUUUGCCUGGUGGCUAUCAAAGGUAUAAACACAGUGCGAAAGCGGCUAAAGACUUUUUAUCGUUACGGUCGCGAAAUCAAACGUCUCCGGAAGCGAUUCUCUGCGCAGACAGACAUUUUCUUCGACGAAUGCCAACUGUUGCUUCAGGAGAUCCUUGAUCGAAAAGAUGCUGAGGCAAUGGUAGAGGAUGUGAACGAUGAGCGGUGGACUUCAGCUACUCUCGAAGAAGGAUUCCGAACAUACCUAAGGAGGAAAUACAGAAGUUACGGAGAGACCAUGUGUGAGAUACGUGAUCAUAUUGCCUCUUUAAAUGAUUCGCUCAAUAAUGGGGAUGAACGGGAUCUUCAGAUACUAUCUUCUGAGAAUCUGAGACAAGCAUUUGAUAUGAUGGUCAACAAGUCAAAAUAUGAGACUUCUCUGAGCGACUUGAAAGAGGCGAUCUCCGAUCUCAAAAGAAUAAGGAAAACAGCAGGAAAACUCCAAAAUCUGCCAGAAAGAGUGUGCGGGAAGCGGCCAAGAGACCUCCCGAUAUCUUAUCGUAGAGUUGCACAAAACUCCAAAUCCUUUUAUGACGCUCUACAGGCAUUUUGGUCCUGCUUGCGACCACAUCACGUAAGUCAUGAAGUUCGACUUCUUUUGGAAUCGAGGACAGAAGAUAGUCUCCGUAUUGUGGUAAUGUACUGCACAAGUUCGGGCAAGCAACCCCGAGACAAUCUGCUAGAGUUGAUCGUCCACUCCAGAAGUCUCCAUUUGCUACACGUCUCAAUCCCGAGCGGGAUAUCGAGCGGAAGGGUCACUUGCUCCGAAGAGCGACCGAAGAAGACGAGAAGGGUCCGAUUUGUGGGCGAAUGCUCCGACUUGGCUCGCCAUGGAGAGGAAGCCGGAACAGCUUCGACCACCCUGACCUCAGCGACCGAGCCGCAUGUUUCCGAGGAAGUUGGGCUUAAUCUAUGUUCCACUCGGGACAUGUGCACUCAAAUUUGCUCACAGGCGCAUCAUAUAGGCUACUUCGACGCGCCUGACCAUAUCCGACACCAACUUUCCCCUGUCCACGAUCGGGGAGAAUGCAUCGUCAAAAACAUGUUAAGUGAGCCAGCCCAACUGGAUCGCAUCUUCGAACUGCCCGUGGAACGUGCAAUCUCAGUGCCUCAACAAGUGUCUAUUGCCCUCAGACUGGCCCGGAGCGUACUACGACUCCAUUCUACACCAUGGCUACAGCCACUCUGGACCCUCCGGGAUUUGUCAUAUUUCCAGACUGACGAGUGCUUGGCCACGAGUCUCGAGACCCUUCAUAUUACGAACGAGCUUUUGCAUCAGCGACUUGACUCUGUAAUGACGGAUGCCAAUGUACUGGUGCAAGCCCAACGGGAGUGUGGAAUCCGCAACCUGACCAUGCAUAGUCUUGGUGUAGCCCUACUGCAAAUCGGACAGUGGAACUCAUUGAAGCCGGAUGACAUUGCAGAUGUACGCAGGAUAGCCGACCUUGCAGGGCAUGAUUCACGUCUUGGCCCAAGAUAUCAAAAGAUUGCACAGAGAUGCAUGGACUGCGACUUUGGUUUUGGAAAAGAUCUCGCGCAGCCGGAGCUGCAGAAUGCGGUCUAUCGAGAUGUGGUGUGCGAGCUCGAAAGCUUAGUUCGGACGCUGGAGGGUUAGACUAGGCUGAGGGAAUAAGGUUAGAGAAUAAGGUGUCGCACUCAUACGUUACUCUACUAUAGGCCUGCACGGUUGUAGCAUAUAACCAGCAGGGGCCUUUUUUUUCAGGACUUCUUCAAUGGCAACAGAAACUGGACUACAGUACCAUGAGUGUGGGAAAAUGACAGCCUACUGUAGAGCAUUUCGGGGAAUACAGUAAUUGUAGUGACUAGUCCAGACUAGUCUAGACUAAGCAAAGUCGGCAGGCCAUCAAAGCUGCUAGCCGAUGUUGUGACAGGAAC